AUUAUCAGACGGGUAGGUGGCUGGAAGACUGAGAUUCCUAUGGAAUUUGAUCUAAAGUAUAUGUUUCUAUAUUGGGGAAUCCUUCUCUAUUCUCGAGACCUAUCAGAUCAAUUUGAAUUCAGAACACUAGUGGCUGGAGAUGAAA